GCCCGGGAGGGGAUGAAUGGAGCUGGGGCCGGCCGCGAGCAGCCGCUAGAGCGCGGGACGCAGCGCGACGGUCGGGUGUCGGGAAGAACAAACCAAACACCGGAAUACCGUUCGGCGGCUCCCACAGCUGCCCCCAGCACCCCCUGGACAGAGAUGCCUCAGCACUCGACGGGGGACAAGCCCUUGGUCUCCGUGCCGCAGCUGGUCUUCCCAAGCCCACCCUCGGCCACGGACAGCGAGUGCGGCCACAGCCCCCCCAGCAGGCGGGUGUCCCUCGGCUCGCCCCCGGGCCACGGCACCCCCUGUCCCGCCGCGCACAGCCCCCCGGACUCCUGCAGCCAGCCGCUGUGCCCGCCGCUGGCUGAGAAGCACGGCUGCCGGGCGCCCCCCGAGAUGCACUACGUGGCCGCCGGGCCACAGAGCGUGGCAUGCGGCUGGUGGGCCUUCACGCCCAAGUGCCUGCAGGCCUUCAACACGCCCAGGGGCUUCCUGCUCUUCCUGUGUGUGGCGGCCUUCCUGCAGGGCAUGACGGUGAACGGCCUCGUCAGCACGGUCAUCACGUCCAUCGAGCGCCGCUACGACCUGCCCAGCUACCAGAGCGGCCUCAUCGCCAGCUCCUACGACGCGGCCGCCUGCCUGUGCCUCACCUUCGUCAGCUACUUCGGGGGCAACGGGCAUAAGCCCCGCUGGCUGGGCUGGGGCGUGCUGGUCAUGGGCGCUGGCUCGCUGCUGUUCGCACUGCCCCACUUCACCGCGGGCGCCUACGAGGCAGAGGCGGCCGAGGGCGUCGGGACGUGCCGGGCCAACCGCAGCGUGGCGUGCAGGGACAGCGCCUCGGGCCUGGCCGGCUACCGGCUGGUCUUCAUGCUGAGCCAGUUCCUGCACGGCGUCGGCGCCACACCGCUCUACACGCUGGGCGUCACCUACCUGGACGAGAACGUCAAGUCCAGCUACUCUCCUGUCUACAUCGCGACCUUCUACACGGCAGCCAUCCUCGGCCCCGCUGCUGGCUACCUGAUUGGAGGCACCCUGCUGAACGUUUACACAGAAAUCGGCCGCCGGACGGAGCUGACCACCGAGAGCCCGCUAUGGGUCGGCGCCUGGUGGGUGGGCUUCCUGGGCGCGGGGGCUGCCGCCUUCCUCAUCGCCAUCCCCAUCCUCGGGUACCCCCGGCAGCUGCCAGGCUCCCAGCGCUACGUGGUCAUGAGAGUGUCUGAAACACACCAGCUGAAGGACAGUGGUCACAAGGCGGCCAGCAACCCCGACUUCGGGAAAACCAUCAGAGAUCUGCCUCUCUCCAUCUGGCUCCUCCUAAAAAACCCCACAUUCAUCCUGCUCUGUCUGGCUGGGGCCACCGAGGCCACGCUCAUUGCCGGCAUGUCCACCUUUGGCCCCAAGUUCCUGGAGUCCCAGUUCAGCCUGAGCGCCUCAGAAGCCGCCACCUUGUUUGGGUACCUGGUGGUGCCAGCCGGUGGCGGCGGAACAUUUCUGGGUGGCUUCCUUGUGAACAAGUUCAAGCUCCGCGGCGCAGGCAUCAUCAAGCUGUGUCUGCUCUGCACCCUGACCAGCCUGCUGGCUGUCUUUGUGUUCUUCAUCCACUGCCCCAACGUGCCCAUGGCCGGUGUGACGGCCAGCUACAGCGGCAGCGUCCUUCCAGAAGGCCACCUGGAGCUGACGGCUGCCUGCAACGCCCCAUGCGCCUGCCGGCCCGAGCGCUACAGCCCCGUGUGCGGUUCCGACAGCCUCACGUACUACUCCCCCUGCCACGCGGGGUGCGGCGGGGAAGCUGCGCCCGGCGCGGGCGGCCACAAGGUGUACCGAGACUGUAGCUGUAUCCCUCAGAAUUUUUCCUCUGGUUUUGGCCAUGCUACUGCAGGGAAAUGCACUUCAAGUUGUCAAAGAAAGCCCCUCCUUCUGGUUUUCAUAUUCGUUGUAAUUACCUUUACAUUCCUCAGCAGCAUUCCUGCGCUGACGGCAACGUUACGGUGUGUCUGUGACCGGCAGAGAUCCUUUGCACUGGGAAUCCAGUGGAUUGUGGUUAGAACUCUAGGGGCCAUCCCGGGGCCCAUCGCCUUCGGCUGGGUGAUUGACAAGGCGUGCCUGCUCUGGCAGGACCAGUGUGGCCAGCGGGGCUCCUGCUUCGUGUACCAGAACUCGGCCAUGAGCCGCUACAUGCUCAUCACUGGGCUGGUGUACAAGGUGCUGGGUUUCCUAUUCUUUGCCACCGCCUGCAUGCUGUACAAGCCCCCCUCGGAGUCUCCCAACAGCCUGGCAGCCUCUCUGCCCAGCCAGUCCUCGGCCUCCGACAACCCCAUGGACCUCCGGGAUACUCCCUCGGCCCUCCAGCUCCGGAGUGAUGUCUGACGGCCCACCCGUCUGCCCAGGGGCACUUCGUGAGGACUCUGUCGGAUUUCUCCCCAGAAGGGCUAACCCCUCACCCGUUGUGAUACCCCUGUGCUGAGGACCCUCCAGAAAUCUCCCACUGGAUUCCGAGGGUUCCUGAGCUGGUGGAGGACCCAUGUGACUCUCAGACACCAGGGAGAGUGGAAGCAAGGCACGUGGAGAAUGGGCACACCUCCCUCCUGGUGGCCUGGGGACCAGGGUGAUGGUGUCUCCGGCUCAGGAAGAACGAGACCCAGCAGCCGUUCCCUUCCUGCUUCCUGCUCCAUGAACGGACACAGCCACGUAGCACUGAAUUUUCCUCGGGGGCCCCCAGAGCCCCUGGACACGUUAACAGCCGUGCUUUUAAAAAGGUCUAUGCAAUCUUAACUGUGCUGUUAGUUCUAGAAAGCGCAAAGCCGCCUGCGGGCCUGGUGUGGAUCCUGUGGCUCCCGGAGGUUUGUCGGUUGCCGUCCCGUCCGGGAGCCUGGGGGGGGCCCGCCACCGCCCUCCGUGCGCACACACCGCCUUGCGUGUGGCACCGUUGAAACCACUGGAUUAAAGUAGAAGGCACUGGCCCCCGCCACGGGGUGUCUGCCGGCCAUGCUUCCGAACGGGUUCCGCUCCCCGGGUCCUGUGGACCAGCCUGGCCUAACUUCCGGUGUUUCUCCGGAGGUCGGGGAGGGGGUGUGAGGCCGUGCCCAGGGGCGCCAUCCCGGGGGGCCGCCCUCUCGGUGUUUUCUAACCUGCUCCCCCUCCCGUCCUCAGAUCUGCAGCAGGACGGGAGCACCGCACAUAAACAGAUAUUUAUGGACCAAUAUUUUACAUGAACUUAUUUAUAGGGUUGUUUUUUACCUGGUAGGGUGGUGUGCGCAGGGAUGCACUCAGUAGGCACGUGUGAAUUCUACCGCGAGGAUGGCAGCACUUCCGUGGAAUGUCUGUUGGCGGGUGUCCUCACUUAAAAUGAUGUGCAUAUAAAUAUAUUUUAAUAUUUAAA